AUAAAAACCUCACAAAGCUUUGGUCCGCUGCCCUUCCAUCAUCCCAUCAUGCUGGUCAAUUAUCCUUUUGAGUUGGUUGCUCCAUUCUCAGCUAUAGCAUCCAUACUGCUCUUGCCUUUAGGACCUUUACUGGUUCCUCGCUUUUACCUCAUUUUCCUCAUCUUCUAUUUCUCAUUCUUCCUAUACACUCAAAUCAACCACACCUUGAAAUUUUAUAUCACAGCAAGACGUAUCAAGAAGACGAUUAGAGCUUGGAAUACUUUCCAGCGUCUUCACCCUAAUGAUAGCUCCAACGUAUCAAGCGCUGCUGUCUCCCCUGCACCCACUCCUACACGCGAAGGUUACUCUUUGGAGGACGAACAACUAGUCGAUAUGGAAGCUAGUCUUAGACCUUAUGAGGAUUCCAAGCUGACUCAUGCAUUUAUCAUCCCUAAUUAUUCUGAACCUGAGCCUCUUUUGCGCGACACCAUCAAGCGACUUGCAAACCAUAGAAAUUCUCAAAGCAACUAUGUCAUUAUUCUCGCUAUGGAAGCCUCUGAAAUUGGCCACAUGGACAAGGCCGAAAGCCUGCAAAACUACUUCCGCGAUAGUUUCCAACAUUUUGUUAUCACCGUGCAUCCAUCUGAUAUACCCGGGGAAGCACGCGGAAAGGGUUCUAAUGUUGCCUAUGCUGCGCGAGUCGGCUGCUCUGAACUGUUGAAGCGAGGUGUUGAUAGACGUAGAAUCAUUCUCACUGUUUCGGAUUCUGACUCUGCUAUUCCUGAGCUCUAUAUUAGUGAGGUUGAGAAGGCGUUUAACAAGGCUGAAGAUCCAUACUUUUUACUGUUUGUGCCCCCCAUCUUUUUCUCCCGCAAUUGCUUUGAAGUGCCUGCUGCGGUGAGAGUGACGGAUAUUACUUGGUCUGCCUUGGUCAUGUCCAACCUGAGCAGUGGUCGCGGUAUCGCCUUCCCUUGUUCUACUUAUAGUCUAACCAUGAUUUUGGCGGAGAAGGUCGGAUAUUGGGAUACGGAUGCAGAUGCUGUCGGAGAGGAUUUGCAUAUGUGGCUCAAGUGCUUCUUCAAGACCGAAGGCCUCGCUCGCAGUGUCCCCAUUUUUGUACCAAUUAAUCUGACCAACGUUCAAACCACCGGCUACCUUGCUAACAUGAAUGCUCGUUACGUCCAAGCCAAACGCCAUUACAAUGGCAUUGCUGACCUGGCUUAUACUUUACGCCACGCCUACGGUGUAAGAGAUCAUCCUCACUCAUCCUUGGACUCCACUGGUAUCAUGCUUCCCAUGACACCUACCACUCCCAGUUUCUCUACAAGAUCCAAGAUGAGCAUGUAUACUUCACCUACUUACUGGAUUGACAAAAUGAUCGUUUGUGUCAAGGUUUUGGAAGCGCAUUUAAUCCCUGCUACGUCUGGAUGGCUUAUGUUCGCUGCCGUUCCUCUCAUGCAAUUCAUUCUGUUCCCACCGUCUUCCUCCAUGGCCUUUGUCGACCCAGAUGAGAACCCUGUUCUGACCUCUGAAUUCUUCUCCACUCUGUGGAACAUCGUUAAAAUUAUUACUAUCUUCUUGCCUUUCCCGCUCUUUGGUACCUUGGCCAUCUAUGAGCAACUUCAUCGUGCUGUCGACCGUGAACUUUUCCGAAAGCCACCUUCCGAAUCCAGAACUUGGAAGAAUGCCAUUGAUUUUAUCAGUUUGCCAAUUUCAGCUUGGUUGUUCAUGACCAUUCCUGCUACUAUUGGAUGCAUCAAACGACUGUUUAAAACCAAUGACCAAUACAUUGUCGCCGAAAAGUUCUUCAGCGAAGAUGCCGAAAGCCAAGAUUAAUAUCGUCCCAUUAGAUGUAAUGUAAUCGGGCAACCCCUCCCCACCAAACCUCCCCCCGAACCCGCUACCUAAUCUGAACAACAUACGCAUACAGCUGUAGAAUAAUGGAUGACUGGCUGUUUAUAUCC